GAGGGGCGUAAAAGAACCACUGAGAACGUAAAGAAACCCUGGUAGUGACCACCCUCAGUGCCUACACUUCAUACUUCGCACACAGAAAGUGGACAUUCGGUGCUUUUCUAUUUGUGAGGAUUGAAUGGUUUUAGAGCGUUAUCAUUGCCAAAAAGCAAACAUAAAUUAAUCGCUAAACUGGCCAAGUCUUUGGAAAUGGAUUUCGAGUUUAUGUUUUAGAUUUGUACGUGUGCCGCUACUCAGUGAAGGAAGGUAAAAAAAGAUGCGAAAUCAGGUAGCAUUUGUUGUGUAUGCCAUCUUCCUCUUUGUGGUAAUAACAAUAACGCAAGCAAGACCAAGCAAGAGAAAAGAAAAUAUCAAAGCUCUACAAAGGAAAGUCCAAAGUCUGAUGCAUCCUUGCGAUACUGCUCCAAGAGGCACUGUUAUCCACACUUUGAAUGGGGACAUCAUAUGUUUGCAAAAAACCGAACAGGAGCUGCAGAGGCAGUUAGAACAAAAUGGCGGUUACAAUCGACGUUACGCUGCUGCAACUUUAGCUGAGGCUAAGAAAAACUUCAAAAAUAUGUUUAAAAUCUAUGGAAGAGAGUAUGAAAACACAACCGAUUGGCAGAGAUGGCGAAACUCUGAUAUUCUUAAACAUGAUAAAGGCAGUUUUGUUGAAGAACAUCUACAAAGAGAAGGGAUGAUCAGUGGCAGAAUCAGUAGAUUUGGAAAUUAUGGUGAUACCAGGCAACGAAGAUCAAAUGAUGAUUCUGAAAUUAUGAAAAGGGGGGAUCCUGGAAUCAAUAUUCAAUGUCUUCCCGGUGGAAGAGAAACGGAGAAAGGUAUUCAUUUAUGUCCCGCCUGCCAAAGAUGCACUGAGCUCUCAAAAGAUUUCUUCCCUCGGUAUAUCAACGAACUGACAUGUAAAGACUCGAAAAGUGGAAACUCAUCACAAGUAGGAUGCUAUUUAUCUAAUAAUUUCCAGAUAGGCACUUGUCAGCAGAUCAAGAUGACCACAGAUGUUUUGAUACACAAAAAUGGAAAGUUUACUAUUGUGUAUCAGAACGAGACUUUCAAAGAGUUCAAAGAAGUGUACGAGCCUUAUAGUCUUAAAGUUAGAACCUGCUGCGAGUGCAUGGUGUUUUCGAAACUUGCAGGUCAAUAAAACUGGCGGCUCUCACUAAACUGAUAUAUGGAGGAUAAUUUUCUGGAAUUAUAUCAUUUAUGCAAGUUAUUUUUAAUGUUAGACGAG